UUGAAGUUAUGGGGUGCCUUUGCAACUUACUCAGGAUUUGGUUUCCUUGGGACAGUAUACUUGUACUUUUAUUUACCGGAAACAGAAGGAAAAUCCCUACAAGAAAUAGAAGACUUCUACAACACCGACAAGUUGAGAAUAUUUGCUGAUGAUCCAGUUAUCAACUUAUUUAAAAGAUUUAAAAGAAAAAAGUAUUAUAUUUGA